UUGUGAGGUUUUUUAUCAUAUCUUGCAGAUCUCGUAACAUGUCACAAAACGGAGGAGAUAAUUCAACUAAAGAGGGGCAACAACCAGGCAUUUCAAAGUUCCAAAUGCAAACAUUGGUGAGCGAGAUGAGGCGGGUGAUGAGAAUGGAGUUGGAGCAAAUUCAUGAAAGGAUAGAGAAAUUGGAGGAGGAGGCAACAAAGAGGCAGCACCCACCUAGGCGAGUGCAACCAACGGCACAAUGGGGUGGUGCUAAAGAUGAAGAAGAAUUAGAGGAACUCGAUGAACGUCCAAUGAAUGGAGGAAGGUUUGAACGUGGGUAUAGAGGUGCUAACAAUGGAAGAAGGCCCAAGCAAGAUGACGAUUUGGGAAGCAUCAAGGUGACGAUUUCGCCAUUUCAAGGCAGAACCGACCCGGAGGCUUAUCUAGAAUGGGAGAAGAAGAUAGAAAUGGUCUUCGAAUGUCAUAACUGCUCCGAAAACAAAAAGGUAAAGCUUGCUGCGAUUGAAUUCACUGAUUAUGCUAUUAUUUGGUGGGAUCAAUUGUUGAAGGAAAGGAGGAGAAAUUAUGAGCAACCUGUUGAAACAUGGGAUGAGAUGAAGGCCAUCAUGAGGAAACGUUUCAUUCUAAACUACUACCACAGAGAGUUGUUCAACAAGUUACAACGCCUAACUCAAGGAUCGAGGAGCGUCGAUGAGUACCACAAAGAGAUGGAAGUUGCUAUGAUCCGAGCAAGUGUACAAGAAGAUAGAGAAGCUACCAUGGCUAGAUUCCUACAUGGCUUAAAUCGUGAAAUAGCAGAUGUUGUGGAGAUGCAACACUAUGUGGAAUUGACGGAUAUGGUGCACCAAGCUAUCAAAGUCGAACAACAACUGAAGCGGAGGAAUUUGGCUAGGAAGGGAACAGGUGCAAUCACUUCAAAUUCGUGGAAGGCAGCACCUAAACGGGAUGAAUGGCCAUCAACCAAACCUAAAUUCGAACCUUCUAAGGAUGCCAAACCAGUGUCAACAUUCAAACAAGGUAACACUGAACUUUCCACUUCUAAGAAUCGAGAUAUGAAAUGUUUCAAGUGCCAUGGCAGGGGACACAUAGCUAGUGAGUGUCCUAACAAAAAGGUUAUGGUGAUAAAUGCCCAAGGGGAGAUCGAAUCGGAGGAUGAAAAGGAAGACGAGGUAGAUGAGUUGCCAUCUUUUGGAGAUACAUACGAAGGACAAUAUGCUGCAGAGGGCGAUUUAUUAGUGGCAAGGCGAGCUCUUAGUGUACAAGGUAAAGAAGAAGAGAACAAUCAACGAGAAAACUUAUUUCAUACUCGUUGUUUUGUAAAUGGUAAGGUUUGCAGCGUUAUUAUUGAUGGUGGGAGCUGCACUAAUGUUGCAAGUACUGAAUUAGUUGAGAAAUUGGAGUUGCCUACCUUGAGGCAUGCUCGACCAUACCGACUUCAGUGGCUAAAUAAUAGUGGAGAAAUCAAGGUGACAAAGCAAGUGUUAGUAGCAUUCUCCAUUGGCAAGUAUGAGGAUGAAGUGUUGUAUGAUGUGGUGCCUAUGCAAGCAUGCCAUGUCCUAUUGGGGAGACCAUGGCAGUACGAUCGCCGGGCAACACAUGAUGGGUACACUAAUAGGUACUCUUUUAUCGUUAAAAAGAAACCCAUGACACUUGUACCGUUAAGUCCAAAACAAGUUCUUGAAGAUCAACUCAAGAUACAAAAAAAGAGUGAGAAGUGGGAAAAGUACAACUUCAUUGCAAAAAAAAAAAGUGAGAUCAAGAGAGCUUUAUUAUCGCAACAGCUCCUUAUAGUACUUAUGUACAAGGAGGCCCUUUUGAGUACUAACGAACUUGUCGGAUCAUUGCCGAGCAAUGUUGUUUCACUUUUGCAGGAAUUUGAAGAUGUCUUUCCCGAGGAGGUAGCACCAGGCUUACCACCAAUUCGAGGAAUUGAGCACCAAAUUGACUUCGUACCAGGUGCAACAAUUCCAAACCGACCAGCCUAUCGAAGUAGUCCCGAGGAGACAAAGGAACUUCAACGGCAGAAUGAUGGAACAUGGAGGAUGUGUGUUGAUUGUCGAGCCAUCAACAAUAUCACAGUAAAGUAUCGUCAUCCUAUUCCUAGACUAGAUGAUAUGUUAGAUGAAUUGCAUGGGUCUUGCGUGUUCUCUAAAAUUGAUCUUAAGAGUGGUUAUCAUCAAAUUAGAAUGAAAGAAGGUGAUGAGUGGAAAACUGCAUUUAAAACAAAAUAUGGCUUGUAUGAAUGGUUGGUUAUGCCGUUUGGGCUUACUAAUGCACCUAGUACUUUUAUGAGGCUCAUGAACCAUGUUUUACGUGCAUUCCUUGGUAAAUUUGUAGUUGUGUAUUUUGAUGAUAUUCUAAUUUACAGCAAAAACCUUAAUGAUCACGUUGAACACCUAGCACUUGUUUUAAAGGUUUUAAGGAAAGAAAUGUUGUUUGCUAAUCUUAAGAAAUGUACUUUCUAUAUGGACAAACUUGUGUUUCUUGGUUAUGUUGUUAGUGCUAAAGGUAUAGAGGUUAAUGAGGAAAAUGUGAUGGCGAUUCGAGAUUGGCCAACGCCUACAUCGGUGACUUGAGUCAGGAGCUUUCAUGGCUUGGCUGGAUGUUAUAGGUGCUUUGUUCGGAAUUUCAGCAGCAUAGCAGCACCUCUUACAAUAGUUAUCAAGAAGAACGUUCCAUUCAAGUGGGGAGAGGAACAAGAAAGGGCAUUUCAACUAAUCAAGGAUAAAUUGACUAAUGCACCGUUACUUGUUUUGCCUAACUUCACCAAAAUGUUUGAAAUUGAGUGUGAUGCAUCAGGUAUAGGUAUUGGCGGUGUACUAAUGCAAGAAGGAAGACCAAUUGCAUACUUUAGUGAAACAUUAAGUGGGGCAGCUUUAAACUAUCCUACAUAUGACAAGGAAUUGUAUCCACAUUCAUCUUUGCGUGAAUUACUUGUUCGGGAAUCACAUAGUGGUGGUUUGAUGGGGCACUUUGGCGUGGCUAAGACUUUAGAUUUCGUAAAACAACUUCAUGAGAAGGCAAGGCAACAUAUAGAGCGUUGGACUGAGCAAUAUGUCAAGCAAGCUAAUAAGGGGCGUAAGAAAGUUGUCUUCGAACCAGGAGAUUGGGUAUGGCUACAUAUGAGAAAGGAUCGGUUCCCUCAACAAAGAAGAUCUAAACUUCUUCCAAGGGGUGAUGGACCAUUUCAAGUGGUGGAACGUAUCAAUGACAAUGCCUACAAACUUGAACUACCUGGUGAGUAUGGUGUUAGUACUAGCUUUUAUGUUUCUGACUUAUCUCCAUUUGAUGUAGGUGAUGCAGAUUUGAGGACAAAUCCUUCUCAAGAAGGGGAGAAUGAUGCAAAUGGAACCAUAAGAGACGAAGUCCACCAAGAGCCACUAAGCUUGCCAAGCGGACCAAUCACAAGGCUUAGAGCCAAGCGUUUCAAGGAAGCAUUAUAUGGGCUGAUUUAA